AAGUUUCAACUCUGAAACUUAUUAUACUACUCCUAUUGAAAUUAAAUUAGUUCUAACAUCUCGAGUAGUAACUAGUUUGUAAGCUACAAGGUAUUCUAACGAUCUUAGAUAGAAAGCUACAAAGUAUUAGAUAUCUUUCCACUCAUAUGAUUUUAAAUUUAUCUUAUUGGAUGCUUAAUCUUAAUAGACUCCGUUCUUGAGUUUCAUCUUGAUUGAGUUUUGCUCCCUUGUGUGAUCUAAAUUAUACUUUUUGUCUUUGCUUAACAUUAUUUUAUACUACCGUAAAAUAGUGAGAUCAAUCUUUAUUCUUAUCAUCUUUCAUUUUUUCUUGAUUCAUCACCCUUUAAACAGUAAAAAUAUCUAGAGAGUUUUUGCUAAAGUCGUAUAGAAGUAUGCAUGAAAUCGUGUCUUUAACUUUUACUAGUGACUAUAGCAUGAUGUUCUUUUUUAGAAAAAAAAAAUCGAAAAUUAAUCGAACCGUACCGAUACGGAAGAGAAACCGAGAUGAUGGGACAGUUUCGAAAAUUAUAAUUUUGGUUCUACAAAAUCAAAUAAUUGAAAAAUUGGUAUGGUAUAAAUUUUAUAAAAUAACCGCCCGAACCGUACCAUUGACACCCCUAGAUGGGAGUAAAGAAAGAGAUCGGUGAAAUUUGCUACUUUCUUUUUAUUUUUCCUAAAAAUGGUGGGAGUAGUUUGACUUUGCUAUUUCUUGUUAAUGGAGAUUUCUUCUACAAGGUGGUGAUUUAAGGUGGAGGAAAGGUUGGAAGAAGAGAGAAGGAAGAAGAAAGAUAAAAAAAAAAUUAAAAAAAUUUAAGGUCUUCACACUCCUUCUGGUUUGCAAUUCACCCAAGUUGUGAGAGAGUUUCCUACCUCAACUAUCAUGUAAGAAAAGUAAACAACUAAUAGUUGAGUUGUGUUUUGCUAACUAGUUGGUGAUAGAUUAGAUAAGAAACUCUCACACCUAAUAAUUUAGGUUGGAAACUAAAAAAAAUUGGAUACUUGAAGUAUGUUGUUAACCCUUAUCUAGUUAAGGUCGAGGGAUAUCCCAUCCAUGUUACACAAACGUCAUCUAUCAGCAGACGAAGCCAGAAUUUAUGUCAAGGGGGUUCAAAAAUAUAAAGAAGUCAUAAAUGAAGAAGCUAAGGGGGUCAACGUCUACUAUAUAUACAUAAAAAAUAAUUUUCACCUUGUAUAUAUAGUGUAAUUUUUCGCUGAAGGGAGUUCGGAUUGAACCCCGGGGCUCUUAUUAGGUCCGCCACUGUCUAUCAGUACAUGGGCUGCAUCGAAGAAGCCAUAGAGAUGGAACGUAAUUUAUAUACGAAACAUGCAAUAUAAUCUUAAAAAACAGAGGGCCCUCUGCACUUGUCAAGUAGUUGAACCUGGCACCUAAUUGGCCCCCUCUCCCUCUAUCCACGGCGGCACUUAGUGAUUUAUCUGUCCAUUAUAUUAUAGUCCACUGCUUAACCACCGUGUCACACAUUUCAACUUCAAUCAAUUUACCAUUGCCAACUUCAUUGACAAAUCCCAAAACAACGACAACCAAUGAAGAUCUUCAGUUGGGUUCAGCGUAAACUUAAUCAGAAAGAUGGAUUAUUUGAUCGGAAUGUGAAGAAAGAUGAGGUGAAAAUUAACAAUGCGAAUAUUGGGGACACACAACUUCUCCUUCAAGAUGCCUCUAUGGCACAUUUGUUGGAUAGCUGGAAAGGAGGAAUUCUCACAAUCGGUACAUUAGGAUUCGACCAGCUAAUAAAAGAUCAAAGUUGUGACCUAGACGACGAUUUUAUUGAUGAAGAAUGUGAAAUUACAAUUAAUGAUCAUGAGGAAGAUCAAGAAGAGCUAAAUCCCUUGAUGUAUGCAAAUGGACAUGAACAAAGUCAUGAGGCACCAAAAGCAAAUGUGAUUAUGGGCAUUGAUGGAAACACACUUGCUAGAAGAUUAACUGAUGAUGAUGAUGAGUCAAACAACGGCAGCAAGAAGGAAAGGAUCACAUUGGCAGAUUUGUUCUCAGCUGAUUUUUCUGAUAAGAAGAAAGUCCACCUUCCGGAUUUGAACGUGACUAAUAAGAAAACGUCGAAACCCCAAGUGAAACUUGGAGUUUCUUUUGCUAAGAAGUUUAUUCCGCGAGUCCGGGAGGAUUCUCGUCCCAUCCUCAAACUACAGCAAUUGAUGACUAGGGCGUUGAAAAGGAAGGUUCAUCCAGACAUGGAAAGCAAGAAUCAUAAGAACAGUCGGGUGAUUGGAGCAGCUGCUGCCAAUAUGCUCGAGCUUUCCCAUGUCACCUCCGAAUCUAUUUCGCUACUGGAAAUACAAGAAACCACUGCCUAAGCUGUGAGCUCGAUUCUAAUGGCUUUGAAGAGAAGCACUAUUAAUUAUUUUGUGUUUGUCAAGUUGUAAUUGCUUUUCAGCUAAUGACCAUAUGUACCUGUUGGUGAAAGUCAUAUGUUGCGAACGGCUAGACCCCCUGAAUUCUACGAUGUUAAGUGGCUUUUGGUCUUCGUUAAAACAAGAUGGUUAUAAUAAAUGAAGACUUUUGUAACCGAUGAUUUUAAAAAUAUCAUAAUAUAAUUUCUACGUUUAUAUUUGACUUGGCA